AUGACUGAAACACUUAAAUUUCAAAAGUUUCUUGCCCUGAUUAAACUUCUGAGAUCAGUUCAGGAAAAGGCAAAGCUUCUAAGAAGUCAGCCUGCUCAGGUUGUGGAACCCAAAGGUCUUCUCUAUGUCCAGCAGAGGGAGUUUGCCGUGACUACCCCUAAAGAUGGGUCUGUUUCCAUCCUGGGGUCAGAUGAUGCGACUACAUGCCACAUAGUUGUGCUCCGACACACAGGCAGCGGAGCUACCUGCCUGACACACUGCGACGGAUCAGACACGGAAGCUGAGGUGUCGCUCAUAAUGAGUUCAGUAAAAUCCUUCUCUAAGACUGCAGGAUAUGGAAGGCUGGAAGUGCACCUAGUUGGAGGUUUCAAUGAUGAUAGGCAGUUAUCACAAAAACUUACUAAUCAGCUUCUUAGAGCGUUCGAUCUCCAGCCGGAUGAUGUUCAUUUAGUGACUUUCUGCGUAACAGAACUAAAUGAUAGAGAAGAAAAGGACGUUCACUUUCCAAUCAUUUAUGGAAUAGCUGUGAACGUUAAAACAGCAGAGAUUUUCCCUGCAACCUUCCCAGAAAAAGGGCCGGAUGAGGAUUUGCGCUCAGCCCAUGUUUUAACAGGAGCACCACUGACAAACAUUUAUGACGCAAAGAUGGAACAACUGCACAUUGGGCCUUACUUCUGGAGGCCUUUCCCACAUGUGGAUUUCUGGUUGGAACAGGAUGAUAAACAGAUUUUACAGAAUCUUUCCACGUCGCCCCUGGCUGAGCCACCCCACUUUGUUUCCCACAUUAGAUCGACGCUGACAUUUUUGAAAGAACAUCCAUUCCCAUCUCGCUCCCUGUUUCCUGACAGGAGACCUCGCGUCUACAAAAAAAACGAAGAAGGGUUGUGGGAACAGGUUUGUUCUGGCAAAAUCUAA